AUGAAUUUCGUUGUAGGACAAUGCAGUGUUAAUGCGCAAUCUUCUAAUUGUGGAUGCUGCCCAUUACCAAACGGUCAACCAAGAGUAACAUCAUGCUCCUCAAAUUCAGCGUGUGAAUGCUUGUUAAUGACAAUUAAUGGAAAAGGACUAUGUGCUGACACAAGUAUUCAAUGCAAUCGUUUAGUUCUAUGUUCAAGUGAUAAUAACACAUGUUUGGCGCCCAACACUAUAUGUGUUAAUAACACUCAGUGCAACGGCUCCGUUUGUUACCCAAUUGAAAUGGCUUCUACUCUACAAUGUCCACCAGUCAAUUCGACAGCUUCAAUCACCAGCACAGGACAUCGACCACAUCGACUACAACGAGGACCACAUCGACAACAUCGCCUACAACGAGGACCACAUCGACGACAUCGACCACGUCGACCACAUCGACAACAACCACAACGAGAACCACAUCGACAACAUCGACUACAACGAGGACCACAUCGACGACAUUGA